UUUUCAUCUGCAUGGAGGUCCAAGGCCGGUCAUGAUUUCCUCCUUGCCGGCGUCUCAAAUACACCGUUUCCGACCUUUCUCUCCUCUUCCCCGAAUGUCUUACUGCGCUCUCUCAUUUCCUCUCUCUCCAACUGGUUCGUUGUACUCAUCAAUAUUGACCUACUUUUAGUGAUCCCUUUGUUUGGAUCCCUGAAAUUCGUGCUGCCUUUCCCUUUUAUGUCGAGACCGUUCCUUCUCUGUUAGCUGAUUGAGUCCAUCCAGCUCCUUUUUUCCGUCCAAAAGUUAUUUGAAAAUCAUCGGUUGCGCGUUACUCUGUAGUCACCAUGCUGGAUCUUAAUCUCAACGUCGUUUCCUCUGAUUCCGCGUCCAAUUCUGUCGACGUGCCUGCUGAGAAUCUUGUCCUACUUUCUGGUAGCCAAAUGGAUAGCUCUGGCAGCUUGAAUUCUUCCAUCAUCAAUGCUGAUACCUCUACCAAUACUUUUGAUGAAGACUCUUGCUCUUAUGGUGAUGCCUUUGCUAACAACUUCGGAACAGUGAAGAAGAAUAACAUAGAUGAUGGCACAAGCUACAAAGCAGUUCAUCUUCCUGUAGGUGAAGGUGAAGAUGUCUGUGAUCGGACCAUCCAGCUUUUUCCGAUCGCCGGUGCUGAAGAGGGUCGUGGCACUGGAUUGAGAAUCGGUCAGCAAUUUCCAGGUUCGUCUUCAAGUAAGGGAUGGCUGGAUUUCCUGUGCAAGGAUGUGGGUCCCGGUGGAACUCCGGAACAGAGGAUGCCGCCGCCGCCGCCGCCUCCUCAAAGAGCGCAGGUCAAGAAGAGUCGGCGGGGACCGAGGUCGCGGAGCUCACAGUAUCGCGGUGUUACAUUUUAUCGAAGAACUGGAAGAUGGGAAUCACAUAUAUGGGAUUGUGGGAAACAAGUGUACUUGGGCGGAUUUGAUACAGCACAUGCUGCGGCAAGGGCAUAUGAUCGAGCCGCAAUCAAGUUCCGUGGCCUUGAUGCUGAUAUUAAUUUCAAUGUUAAUGACUAUGAGGAGGAUAUAAAGCAGAUGAGUAAUUUCACGAAGGAAGAGUUUGUGCAUAUUCUGCGGCGACAGAGCACUGGCUUUUCAAGAGGAAGCUCUAAAUACAGAGGAGUUACUCUGCAUAAAUGUGGGCGAUGGGAAGCUCGCAUGGGGCAGUUUCUAGGAAAGAAGUAUAUAUAUCUCGGGCUAUUUGAUAGCGAAAUAGAGGCUGCAAGGGCGUAUGAUAAAGCAGCUAUAAAAUGCAAUGGGAGGGAAGCAAUGACGAACUUUGAGCCAAGCUCAUACGAUGGGGAGAUAAUCUCUCAGGCAGAUAAUGAAGAUGGCCACCCAAAUCUUGAUCUUAGCUUGGCCAUUGCUCCCCCUGCUUACUCUGAUGGUUUUCAAGACCAGCAUGGCUGGGCCAAUCUUCCUAUUGAUGGGAGAUUUGCGCUCGAGAACUCUGCAUCAAGGUUUUUGAAGGGUCAAUCGUCUCAUGUUUUCCCGAUUACUCCCCAGCAUCCUUCUGCCUGGAAUAGUGCUGAUUUCUUUCCCAUCACUCAGGAAAGAGCAAUGGAGAAAAGAAUGGAAGCUAAUUCCCUGCCAAACUGGGUAUUUCAAUACCAAGGUCCAUAUGGCGAGGCAACUUUGAUUCCAUCCUUCUCUGCUGCAGCAUCAUCAGGAUUCCCUUCAACAAGGUUACCACCACCAGCAGCUGAUAGUCAGAUUCACUUUCCAAACAUGACGAUCCAUCCUUAGUUUUCUUCAUCAAUCGCUAACUCUAGCAUCCCAUCCCCUCUCUAAAGCAGAAGCUGAUGAAAACCAAGUCGUGAGUCAGAGCUCCAAUAUAAAAUCAUCUAGCUUGAUCGGUAGGGAGAUCGUGGCUCGACGAUAAGUGUUUAUCGGGUUGCUCAAGAGAUCUUGCCAUUGAAUUUUACUUAACGUUUAAUCGAUUAAUUUUCAUCAGAGCAAACUGCUAUGCCCAGGUCAUUUGGAAACUAUGACUUUUUCUGUGCUUUAUACGGCACUAGUAUCUGUUUCAGCAAAGAACUAGAACUGUUGGCAUUUCCUC